AUGCCCCUCCUCCGCCUCAACCCCCGCGUCCUACACCGCGCCGUUGGAAUUCGCGGCUAUGCGACUGCCCAAGCCCCGGCUAUAAACGUCACAAACGUCCCAGCACCACACUGCGGAAGCAUACGAAUACUCUCGCUCAACCGGCCCGCGGCACGCAAUGCGAUAUCACGGCAACUGCUCACAGAGCUGACGCAACAAGUGAGCAGCCUACACAAUGAGGGGGACCAGGGAUCAACGCGGGCGUUGAUUUUGGCGAGCGAUAUAGAGACAAGUUUCUGCGCGGGCGCGGACCUCAAGGAGAGGGCUACGUUUACCCAGGAAGACACAUCCAACUUCUUAACCACACUACGAGGAACAUUCGCGUCGAUAUCGCAAUUACCCAUCCCCACAAUCUCUGCUUUGGCAGCACCGGCUUUCGGCGGCGGCCUCGAGCUAGCCCUUACCACACACAUGCGUGUCUUCGCGUCCACCACGACCGUCGCCCUCCCCGAGACGCGUCUUGCCAUCCUUCCUGGCGCGGGAGGAACAUAUCGUCUGCCCGCUUUGAUCGGCCUCUCGCGCGCACGAGACAUGAUCUUGACAGGCCGCCGUGUUGCCGCGCCAGAAGCCUACUUCCUGGGGCUGUGCGACCGGUUAGUAGAGAUCACGGCAGAGGAUGUGCAACAAGAAGGGGCUGCGCGGAAGAAGGUCCUGAACGAAGCGAUUAGACUAGCAAGGGAGAUAUGUGAAGGUGGACCGAUAGCGAUCAAGGCCGCGCUUCAGGCGGUUGAGGGAUGCGCGUUGGGCGAGAAGGCUGAGAAUGCUGCAUACGAGCUUGUGGUCAGGACAAAUGAUAGGGACGAGGCGCUUGUCGCGUUCAAGGAGAAGAGAAAGCCCGUGUUCAAGGGAGAAUAA